AUGCGAAUUAAGGGAUUAACACUGUCGGCUAUUUUGGAACAAGGUGCGACACGCCGACGCAAAUCGCCUCCUAAGGAAGAAUGUCCUAAAAAACAAAAGCGUGAUUCCUGGCGAAAGAUUGCCGCAGUAUUAAAUAAAUGUGAAAGCAAACGUUCUCUCGAAGAAAUACGUUUGCUAGAGAGUGAGCCAGAUGUGGUUAAGCAAAUCCUUGAACGCCGUAAGCGUAACGUUGAAUAUAAAGAACGCGUACUAGAAACAGAAGAUGAACCGGAAGUUAUCGAACGAAAAGCGUUAAAGCUAGCACAAGCUAUUGCAAAAGCAAACCACUUGAUCGUAUACACCGGAGCGGGUAUCAGUACUUCGGCCAAAAUACCGGAUUAUCGCGGAAGCCAAGGAAUCUGGACACUCCUGCAGCAGGGCAAAGACCUCGGGGAAUAUGAUCUUUCCUUAGCUGAUCCGACUUUCACACAUAUGGCAUUAUUCGAACUGCAUCAAAGAGGCAUUCUGAAGCACGUGCUGUCGCAAAAUUGCGACGGAUUGCAUCUCCGUUCCGGGAUGCCCAGAUUCUCGCUUUCUGAGGUACACGGAAAUAUGUAUGUCGAAGUAUGUAAGCAAUGUAAACCAAAUGCGGAAUAUUGGAGACUUUUCGAUACGACACAAUUUACUGCACGGCAUUACCACAAGACGAAUCGUAGAUGUCGACGGUGUGGUGGUCCGCUUAUCGACACAAUUGUGCAUUUCGGUGAACGAGGUCAACUAAAAUGGCCACUCAAUUGGGCAGGAGUUACAACACACACAGAAAAGACUGAUUUAAUACUAUGCAUUGGGUCGAGCUUAAAGGUGCUCCGAAAGUAUACAUGGCUAUGGGCUACGGAUCGACCCAUAAAAAAAAGACCCAAGAUCUUUAUCAUCAAUCUUCAAUGGACUCCAAAAGAUAAAGUAUCAACUCUCAAAAUAAACGGCAGAUGCGAUCAGGUUAUGACGUUAGUCAUGAAGCACCUGAACAUUCAGGUGCCGGUGUACAACCGAUUAAAAGAUCCAAUUUUUGCUCAUGCAACCUUGCUGCUGCCCGACGAACAGCAUACGGCUUCACAGCCAAUGCUGAAAAAAAUAACUGCCACUAAAGAGGAAACCCCGGAGGAAUCCCAAGUCAACGAACGGGAAAAGGAUAUCAAAACAGAAUCGGGAACUUUUGGCGGUAGUAAUUUGUCUCCACAGCAGAUGUAUUUAAAUAAUUUGAUUCUCGCACACCAAGAGCAGAUGCAUAAUAAUUACAAUAUUUUAAUAAAUAGCAUAGGAAGUCCGGACGCACGUGGUUCAAUGAUGUCAUGCAACUUGCCUCCACUUGUACCAUGUACGAUAAAUAAUAGUGGAACCGAUCAUGUAAAAGAGCCACCUAUUGAAGAAUCAAAAAGCCUCAAAGAGAUUUCGGCAUGUCAUGCGACAAACGUUAUCAAAAUAGAUACUUCCUCGAACCUGUUUGGAAAUAUUCGACAAGCUCUUAAUACGAUUAAUGUAGGUGAAAAUUCUUCAUCUGCAAAUAACAAAAUCAGCGUUGACGGCGUUGAAAAUAAUGCUGUUGUCAACCGGUCGAUAGAAAACCUAUUGCAAGUUCCCAUACCAUUGUUACUAAAACCUGGUAUGACAAUGAUCCAACAACCUUUAAAGACAGGAAGUGUGUCUGAAAAGAAAAAUGCUGCAGAUGUUGAAAAGAAUCCCUCAUUUUGUAAUCAAAUUCAAUUGAUAGUACAACCAGUGAUUGUAAGCAAUCCACCGAGCUUGGUGCCCAUAAAUCAACAUCGCUUGCAUCAAGAGCCACAUUGCUCAGUCAUUACAAAUGAUAAAGAAAUAUCUACAUCUUCUUCGGAUGAUAUUUGCACUGGUGCUCAAAGUAUUACAGAGGAACAAAAUUCAACUACGGACAAGAGUUUAGUGACAGCUAAUUCUGAGCAAAAUGAGAAUGAAAAUCGAAUGCUCGCUUUUAAAAUUGAAAAUUCCGAGGACACGUUCUUUACUAAAGGAAGUAAUGUAAUAGAAAAUGAUGGUGAAUUAUCAGAUUGUGACGUUCGAGAAAAAUACCUUUCAGACGAUAUCGAAUGCAUUUCAAUUAACUCAUCUUCUUCUGAGGACGCUACUUCUCACUACAAAGAAGGAGUUGAUUUUGAAACAAGCAUUAAUGAUGUUGUAGAUCCCCGAAAGCUUAGAAAUGAUGAUUGCAUGUUAGUGAAAGUAGAUUCAUCUCAAACGGAUGAUGAUUAUUCAACGCAACCAUCACUAAAUGCAACAUUGCAACGUGCACCGGACGCCACCAAGUGUAGCAGCAAUCAACCGGCUCAAAAGUCAGAGGAGCUUAAAAAAAUGGUCAAGGUUGUGCUUAGCAAUAGUGUUCUUUUUGAGUUGUACGAAGCUGCUCCCAAGUUUGCUGAUUGUUAUCCACCUGCUUUAAAGCUAAUAACGCCAAUCAAAUAUCAGAUCCCUAGUCACAUGGUUACUAAAAUGGUUAAGCCAAAUUUCCAACAGAUGUCUGUAAAAUCCGUUAACAACGAUGUGGCUUCCUCAUCUUUAAAGCCACUACAGAGCAAUACGAUGCAUGUAGCUUCGUUUCCAAGUUCUGCUUCAGUUCAGGGCAGCUGCAUUUCUUCUAGUAAACCCAUCCAAAUGGCUCCAGCAUUGCUCUUGACGCCUCCAAUGCACUCCAUGAAAAGUGUUUUAAACUUGCCAGCAUCUAAUGGAGCUCAAAACAGUAGUAGUGGUCCAACCGUCUCAAGUGUUUCUCAAACAUUAUUACCAUUACAAUCGAGUCUAGCUCCAAACAGUGGAGUUGGCACGUACCUAUUUAGAAAUAACAACAUAAAUGAUUCGACGCAAAAAUAUUCGAAUUUCUUAAAGUUGCCCCCUGGAUUAGCCGGAAACUUGGUUCUUUUGACGAGCCCUUCUAAACAUCCAGUUGCAUCAUCUAGCAGCAAUAAUAUGGCUGGCACACCCAAAUCGUUAGCCACAUUAAUGCCAACGACACCCGCCAAGACCUUCCGUCUCGAUUCCGAUGAGCAAACGGACGAAGAUGAUGAAAACCCAAUCAAACGACGUUCGAAGCGACUCGAAUCGGCUCGGUUACAAAAAAAGUUGGCAACUCCGGAUAAAACGGAUACUUCCGAUACUGACACGACGGUGGAUCAAUCUCCACAGGAACUGAGGAAAACUAGUCGUCGUUCGAACGAUGAGCUAAAUGAAAGUGACGAAUUUGGUGAAAGCAGUCAUGGAGGAGCCCGCUUGCGAAGCUUUCGCGUCCGUCGGAAGCCUGAGUUUCUCAACAUCAAACAUCCGGUGAAGAAAAAGAAACGUCUCAACGAACCUUCCGAUAACACUUGUUCGAAAGUGUCAACGGGCGCUGGACAUUCAAAGAUAACCGAGCUAAAAAAAUCAAAUGAUAUAGAAUCUGUGUCAGUAAUGGCUACAAUGCCACUACCUCUUGCGAAUCGUAUAUUCACGAUCUCCACGCCGAUCGGUUAUUUACCAGCGCCUAUCAUUUCGACUCUAGGUGCGAAUUCUUGCGCAACUAUGUCGCAACAGGAGAGAUAUAAACGCCUUUUAACGUACUACAAGACCGCCAUCCAGCAACAACAAUCCAAUGCCAACACUAGCAACACGUUGCCACAAUGGUACGACGCGAACUACGCUUAUUCUGGUUUACACAGUAUUAUCCAUCCACCACCACCGGAUGUGAAUCUUUGGGGAGGAUCACCGAUUAAGGUCGAACAGCAACAGAAGCUGGAGAUAGAAUGUAAAUUUUGUUUCGAGAACUAUGCUCAAUAUGACUGCCAGUUUUAUCCACCACAACCGCCCGAAUUCACCGUGAAGUCGUAUCGUAACGGAAAACCGAUAGUUUGCGAGUGUUGCGAUUUUUAUGAUGGCGAAAAUUGUGAAACCAAACAUGGCUCGAUGGAAAACGUGGUCACUCCGUCCACAUCCAAAGUGUCGACUACAUCCGCUCCAGUAGAACUGCAAGAUCAUAAACGACGGCCUUUGGUAGAGGAACAGACCAAGGAAGAGGAAUCACGAAAACGACAGAAAUCUGCAGUCAAUGUCGUAGAAAAUGCUUCGUCCACGGUAAAUUCCACUAGUACUAAUGGUACAAUACACAAACCUAAAGUUAAGCCAGGAUGGUAUGGUAAGGGCUACCGAAAGCAUCUCCGACGUAAAAAACGUACCAGCCAAGGAUAA